AAUAAAAAUUAGCUUUGAUUGUAUCGAAAUUUAAAUCAAUUUUGUAUAGAAUUUUGGCUUGAUCUAUUCGCAAAAACUACGUCCUAUUAAUAGAUGAAAUAUAGAUAAGUGACGUACAAAUAAGCCGCGACGAAUAAAAAAUUCUCGGUUUUUGCUCAAAGCUACUUGUGAAAUUUUAAGAAAAUCCUUAAGAAAAUUGUUCAUGCAUUUAUUGAAUGCACUUUAGUUUGCAUUCCGUCAAGUCAAUUAACUAAUACUAAGUUAAGGCGUGUGGAGACUUUAGUAACCGUUAGAGCUACUUUGUGUUUCAUUAAUUGCGAUCCGGAGACAAUUUGGAAUAUACUCUUAUAUUGUCUAAUGAUUCUGUUCAGAUGUUUAAAGAAGCUAUAACUGGAUGCUAAUACAAACGUCUACCUACUUCUAGACCUAAAUACAAAAAGUAAACAGUGAGAGGAAGAAAACGUACUAAUAGCAUAUUUGCUUUUUAUUGAUCUACAAAUUAGCGGCAGAUUCAGUUACGGUUUCCAUAGAAAGUUACUUGCGGUUUUAAAAAAUUUGUUCCAGGAUAUUUAGAAGUUCUUCCACCAUUUUUAUAAUUUUCAAAAAAUACAAACUGUUGAUUUAAAAUGGACAAAGACCGGUAUUCAAGUGAGGAGGAUCAACCCGAGGAGAAGCCUAGUACUUCCCAAGGUCAAACCAAGCGUAUUGAAAUUCGUAAGUUGAUGCCAGUAGCUGGGUGGUCCUAUGAAUUGGAAUUAGAUAUCUGUGCAAUAUGCCGCAAUGAAAAUACAGAGCGUUGUAUUCAAUGCCAAGCGGCUCGGAGUGAGGAGGAGUGUGCUACUAUACAAGGCAACUGUAAACAUAUAUUUCACAAGCAUUGUAUAGCACGUUGGUUGGCACAUAGAAAUGUUUGUCCAUUAGAUAAUCAGGACUGGACAUAUGCUUCUGAUGCACCUCCCUGCUGAUUUCUAUCUUUAUUUUUCUGUGGCGUUUUUCACGAACAACAAUUCUUAAGAUUUACUACAUGCAUUCAUUUAUCACAACAUCUUAAAUUUUAAAAUGUGUCUAUUUACAAUACACACUAUUAUUUUGAAUAAACGGAACAUUUGAGAUAUUGUUCUACUCAGCGAUAA